AUGACCUUCUUCCCACUUCCAGGUACUUACGUUGUGGCCGAGCUCGAGGUAGAGAAGACGCUAGCGUCUCUCGCCGACCCGCUCGCAAACGCCGCCGCCUCUACCAUCAAACCGACGAAAUGCAUCGUCUACCUGAACUUCGUGUUGCGCCACCCAUCCCCAGACCACGCGACGUUCAAGUACACCGCAAGCGUAGUCGGCCCCGGGCUGCGCCCGGAAGACCCAGAGUUCUGCCUCACGCGCGACAUGUGCGUGCCCAUCUUCCCGAACAUGCACCACCCCUCCGCGGACCGCGCGCCCGUGCAGCCCCGCCCUGGGCCGUUCCCGUUUGGGAACUGCUACCACUGGUUCGGCGGGGGCACGGCGCUCGACUUGCGCGUCCUGAAUGAUGGCCAGAGGUAUACGGAGCAGGAGUGGGUGGCGCUUCCGGCGAGCGAGCAGGACAGACUGGAGAGGCUCCGGAGUGGAGACGCUUGGCGGGCGUAUGAUGCGUGGAAGGCGAGGGAGGUCGCGAAUGACGACGGCGUGUCCCCGGAGGCGGAGGCGGCGCCGCAGGUGCCCUUCCCCGUGCUGCCCGAGGCUGAGGCGCAAGACAACGCGAGUAUGGCCCCCUCGUAUAUGACCUAUUGGCAGUCUGUACGCUAUCUGCGGGGCGGGUCCUCUCCGUCUAUUGACGCAGCCCCCGGCGCCGGCGGUGCCCCCUCCAACCGGUCGCUUGAGCACAUCUCCGGACUGGACUACGACGAGGGAGAGGACCUACUCCCGAUUGUCAGGAUCUGGCCUGACGUCGGCGCGCAGUUCAAGGAGGACUCGGAUGUCCCGGACCCUACCGAAUUCCUCAAGCAGUGUGAAGAACUCAUCAGGUAUCGUCGUUAA